GUCGCCUACAGGAAGCACAUGUAAACAAAGACGUCAAAAAGUGCACAACUUGUAAAAAUAUUGAAUCAAAAUAAAAUGGCUGCAGAACUUGUAGAGGAUAGUAGUAAUAUAUCACAAGAUAUCAUCAUGAAAUAUGAUGAAGAAGAUGAUGCUGGAACCUCGGAUGAAGAGUCAUCAAUUUCAUCUCACGAGAAACGUUGGUAUGCUCUGAAUAAAAGUCGUGGUGUUACGUUAUCAAUGUUGAUGUCAGAUGGAAUGAUAAAACCAGGGAAAAGAGUUCUCAGUAUUGAUUAUUUGGGAAGACAGUUUGUAGCUGACCUCUUAGAUAAUGGAAAAAUAAAAACCCAUGAUAAUUUAUAUAAUACACCAAGUGCCUGGGCGACACAUUGUAAACGUAUAGUAAACCCAGAUAAAAAGUCUGGUUGUGGUUGGGCUUCAGUAAAAUAUGGUGGUAAAAAACUAGAUACAUGGAAAUCUAUUUGGUGUCGUAAACAGAGACCACACAGUCCAUAUAGCAAUAAUCGAUCGUCACCAGCAUCAGUAUCAGGUGAAAAUGGUCAUGGUGAGAAUGGAAGUCGUGUAUCAACACCGAGAGGUUUUGAUGAUUCCAGAUCUGAUUCACGUUUUAUUGAUUCACCUCGAUCAACAAGUUCACCAUUAACUACUUAUAAUGGUAACAAUACAGCAAUAAAGAAGCCAUUUUUUAAUCUUUAUUGUGAUGAAAUUCAAGAGGAAGCUUUAAAUUUAUCUUUACAUCAUGAGUCUGAUGAGAAUAAGAAUGUUAUAACAGAAAGAAAAUGUUUUACGUUUGAUAAAAAUGGAGCGAAACCGUCAGUGAAAUAUGAAAGUAUUGGAAAGAGAAGUCUUGACAUUGAUCCGAACACACUAGUAGAAUGUGAAUUCUUCCGUUCCUAUGGUAAACUACAACCAUUUACUAUCACCAUAACAUCUAAUGCUGUUUUACUCAUGGAUUAUCAUUGUCAUUUGACUCAUUCGGAAGUUGUUGGUUAUCUAGGUGGUAAAUGGGAUUCUAAAUCACAACAUAUGAGUAUUAGACAGAUAUAUCCUUGUAGAUGUCGUCUAGGAGAUAAAGAUAAAGCUCCUCUUAUAGAGGAAGAGAUCCGUCGACAAAUGUCACAUGCUGGUUUAUCAUUGGUUGGUUGGUAUCAUAGUCAUCCUCACAGUCAAGCUGAUCCCUCCCUUAAAGACAUAGGUUGUCAGAUGUCGUAUCAACUAAAGAUGAAAGGAAGUGGAAGCAGUUAUCACCCUUGUCUGGGUUUUAUUGUUGCACCGUAUGAUAGAAAAAAGAUCAAAGAUAAUUCAGCUGUUCAGGCAUACUGGGUGAUGCCCCCACCAGAGAACCGACCAAGUGAUUAUGGUAUACCAAUGUUAAUGAAAUAUUCAAUCAGUCAGAAUGAAUCUAUUAGUGAAGAUUUACUAUCUGAAAUGAAAAAGUUGAUAGAGUUUUAUAAAGGUAGUCUAGAUAUAGUUGAUUAUGGAGAGGAAUGGAGAGAUACAAAAACUUAUAUACAUAAAAUACAGGCAUCUCUUUCAACAAGGUUACCCACUGAUCAAAGUGAAAAAGGUUCAUUGAUGGAUUUUGUAAAAGAUUUACUUCUUAGAUCAAAAUAAGUUACUGGGUGAAGAAGAAAUCUCAGUGCAAUGUAUAAAAUAAGUUACUGGGUGAAGAAGAAAUCUCAGUGCAAUGUAUAAAAUAAGUUACUGGGUGAAGAAGAAAUCUCAGUGCAAUGUAUAUAGGUGACUUUGAUAAAAUAUGUUUGUAGAAAGAUCCAGCCACAUGAACAUUAGAGUCUAUAUAACUAAUAUGGAUAGUUCAUAUUCCUAAAGCAAUUUUAGUUCAUACACGACGACGUUAUCAUUACUCUAGCACAUAUGGCAUGAUAAUAUGUCCAUUGAUAGUGGAUUGUGGGAGUAAUUCAAUCUGCAGUAGUUGUUCUUGACUUGGGUAAGGGAUGAUUCUUACCUCCCACAUAUAAGAUCAAUGGUGUGAUGUCACAUACAGUCAGUACGGAGUUCAAGGUCGACAUAUUGUGGACGUAUUUAAAAUAUUCUCGUUAAAACAAUCCUAUAUUUUAACACCAUAAAUAUCUCCAGAUACAACAAGUCUUCAAUAGAGUGAUGAUAUUGUAUUUGAAGAGUUAUAACAAACAGAUAUAAAACACACGUUCUGCAUCUGGCCUCUCUUCUUUUUAAUUACCUUAAAAAUCGGCAUUUGAGCUUGAACAUUCGCAGAAGUAAGUUCAACUUUUAAUAGUGCAAAUUGUGAGUGUAUGGGACACUCUAGAAUAUGAUUAAAUAGCUGGUAAAAUGUACAUUUAUUACGAAUUGAUGGUAUUUAGUUUAUUAACACUAAACUGAUUAUUUGUUUUAUAGUCUUCCAUAAAAUGAUGUUGGAGAGUUGAUGAUGAUCAUUGAGAUAUGUUGAUAAAGAUUCAUUAUAUGACUAUAAUCAUAAUAAGCUACAUUACUGACAGUAGCAUAAUACUCUGCCGACCAUUACUGACAGUAGCAUCAUACUCUGCCAUUCAUUACCGACAGUAACAUCAUACUCUGCUAUUCAUUACUGACAGUAGUAUUAUACUCUGACACCCAUAACUGACAGUAGCAUCAUACUCUGCUAUUCAUUACUGACAGUAGCAUCAUAUUCUGCUGACCAUUACUGACAGUAGCAUCAUACUCUGCCGACCAUUACUGACAGUAGCAUCAUACUCUGCCAUUCAUUACUGACUGUAGCAUCAUACAUGAGUAUGAUUUUUAUGCAGAUUUAUCAAAAUAUAAUUUUAUUGUAUGAAUUUAAAAAUUAGAUUUGAAUAAUUAGGAAGUCAUCUGUCAACAAAUCUGUUUAUUCACGUCACUUGUCAGAGUAAUUACAGUUUUCAGUUGUAACAAAUCACAAAUCAAAUUUGCUUUGUAUUUAUGUGUUGUUUUUUUUAUCUGCGUUCUUCCAAUUUUCCAAAGAUUUUCCUUUUCACUGCCAAUAGAGAUGUGCCUUAUACUACACACAAAUUAAUAAAACAAUUGACCACACCCACUGUAAAUAUUGUAAAUACAAGAUUCAAAUCACACAAGAACAUGAUUAAUUUGAAUGUUAUAGUCCUUAUUGAUAUAUUAAAUUUUAUUUCAUUAACUGUUUGAUGUCCACGAUAUAUUGAACUUUUAUUUUGUUUUUGCUGUUCUACUGGUAUUUCCCAAAAUUCUCGAUACAUUUUCAGCAGCUAAACAUACAAGUUUAAUUAAACUCAUUAUAAAUAUUUGAAUUAUAAUUAAUGAAAUAAAAUUUGUAUUUUUAAGAGAUUGUUAAUAUUUAAAUGAAAGGUGAUAUAGAAAUAUCAUAUAUUUGCUAUAUUAGUUCAUGUAGAAGUUGAUUUAAAGUUGCAGUAUGACAAGUAAAACUAAUCUGCUAUAUUUAAAGUUGCAGUAUGACGAGUAAAACUGUCUGCUAUAUUAAUGUUGAUUAACCUUUAAUAUUGUACAUAUAAAUACUAUGGAACAUAAACAAUUAGUUUGUACAAAUUGUUUUUAUCUUCAACCUUUCUUCUUUUCAUCAUUUUGCUCAAUUCCUCUGUUAUUAGUAAUAAUGUCAGACAUUCAACAGUAUGAUAGUCAAUGAAAUGUUUGUUUAAAAGCACAAGUAAUUUUUGUUUUGAUGUUGGCUUAUUUAUGAUUGUGUUUAUUUUUAUGUUUUAUGUUAGCUGUCAAGUUAAAGAUACAUUAUGUAAGAUUUAGAACUAGCCAUUCUUGCUAUUAUAGUUCGAAAAUAGAUUAUGUAAAAUGAAGAUAUUAGCCUUUGAAGGUUUGACAAGAAAUGUGCAAUAAUUUCAACCACCGUACUGGUUGUUCGAAGCUAAGUCUCGCUCCUCCAUUUUUAGCUUAAAUCAAAAUAUGGCUGAACUGUUUUAAUCUAAUUUAAUAUCGGAGAAAUCCAAUGCCACCGUGAGUUGAUUAUGGCCUGGAUAAGUUAAUUAAUGUCUAAUUAAUAAUUUAGAAAACAUUUUAGGCCUAAAGAAAGACCUGCAAUAGGCAAAUUUAGCUCUUGCAUAAUGUGUGUUUAAAUUGGAUAUUUUUGAGUGUGUAUAUAAGUAUAUUAUGUACAGGUAUACAAGGCAGCAGAUUACAUGUAAUAAGUAAUAAUAUAUUUUCACUAUAUGUCAAACCACUUAUAUUGAGAUCUCAUCAGACCUUUUUUCCCUAUGAAACUUGAUCUAAAUUAGUCAUGAUAUAAAUCUAUAUCUCAUCAGAAAAUACAUUUUUAUAUGCCCAGUUUAUUUUUAAUCCCCUCACCCCACCCCCCACAAAAAAAAAACCUAAAUUAUUUUAAGAAUACAGUGUUUUUAUUUACCGAUACAUAAACGUGCAUGGGCUUUAUAUUGGAUCAUGACUAAGAUCCAAGAGUAGGGUGUACGCAUGUCUUCAUAAGCCCAGUCAGAGCAGAACAGUAGGACAUUAAACCCCAUUUCAUUUCAUUUUGUAUGUCUGUGAGGUUGUUUUUUAUUAAGUGUUCACAUGUCAUGAAUGUCUACAAUGUUUAAUUAUAUUUGUAUUUGUUGAAAAAUAUCCAAUAUGCCAUGGAUUGAUCCAUGUACCCAUUCAAAAUGAUUAGUUAACAUUUAAUUAAGAAUAAUAAUCUAAGGACUUGGAUUCAAUUAGAUAUAAAAUAGGCUCAUCAAAAGAUUUCAACGAAAACUGUAGCUAGCUAAAUUUACUAUUGACUAGAAUAGGACAUUAUUGUACUCCAGACAUUCAAGGUUUUUAUACGCCCACAUUUUCAUGUGGACGUAUUAUGCCGUCGCCCCUGUCCGUCCGGACGUCCACAAUUGUUUGUGGACUCUCUACAGGUCACAAGUCUUAUCCGAUUUUGACGAAACUUGAAAUAUAGGUUUAUCCCCAAAAGAUCUCGGCUGCUUUCUAUAUUGGCAUGUAUCGGAUCGAAACUUCAUGGAUUAUGGCCCCUGAUUGUACGAAAAAUUACGUUUUUAGCUUGUGGACCCUAUAGAGGUCACAAUUUUUAUCCGAUUUAUUUGAAACUUGAAAUGUAAGUUUAUAACCUAAAGAUCUCGGUUCCUUUCGAUAUUCGCGCAUAUCGGACCGUAACUUUCUGAAUUAUGGCCCCUGAUUGUACAAAAAUUAGCGUUUUUAGCUUGUGGACCCAAUAGAGGUCAUAAUUUUUAUCCGAUUUAAAAAAACGUAUUAUUAUAUCACCGUUACACCCUAAGGAUGGCUGAAUUCGAAUUUCGUGAAAAUCGGCCCAAAAUUGACAGACAAAAUGACCGCCGUUCGUCUCAAAUAGCGUAAAAAUAUGGUAUAUCAAGGUUGUGGACCCUAUAGAGGUCACAAUUUUUAUCAGAUUUAUUUGAAACUUGAAAUAUAACUUUAUAACCUAAAGAUCUCAGGUCCUUUCGAUAUUCGCGCAUAUCGGACUGUAACUUUCUGAAUUAUGGCCCCUGAUUGUACGAAAAAUCGCAAUUUUAGCUUGUGGACCCUAUAGAGGUCAUAAUUUUUAUCUGAUUUAAAAAAACGUAUUAUUAUAUCACCGUUACACCCUAAGGAUGGCUAGGUUUGAAUUUCGUGAAAAUUGGCCCAAAAUUGACAGACAAAAUGGCCGCCGUUCGUUCUCAAAUAGCGUAAAAAUAUGGUAUAUCAAGGUUGUGGACCCUAUAGAGGUCACAAUUUUUAUCUGAUUUUGUUGAAACUUGAAAUGUAAGUUUAUAACCCAAAGAUCUCGGUUCCUUUCGAUAUUCGCGCAUAUCAGACCGUAACUUCCUGAAUUAUGGCCCCUGAUUGUACGCAAAAUCGCGUUUUUAGCUUGUGGUCCCUAUAGAGGUCAUAAUUUUUAUCCGAUUUAAAAAAACCUAUUAUUAUAUCACCGUUACACCCUAAGGAAGGCUGAGUUCGAAUUUCCUGAAAAUCGGCCCAAAAUUGACAGACAAAAUGGCCGCCGUUCGUUCUCAAAUAGCGUAAAAAUAUGGUAUAUCAAGGUUGUGGACCCCAUACAGGUCACAAUUUUUAUCCGAUUUUGUUGAAACUUGAAAUGUAAGUUUAUAACCCAAAGAUCUCGGUUCCUUUCGAUAUUUGCGCACACAGACCGUAACUUCCUGAAUUAUGGCCCCUGUUUGUACGAAAAAUCGCGUUUUUAGCUUGUGGACCCUAUAGAGGUCAUAAUUUUUAUCCGAUUUAAAAAAACGUAUUAUUAUAUCACCGUUACACACUAAGGACGGCUGAGUUCGAAUUUCCUGAAAAUCGGCCCAAUACUGACAGACUAAAUGGUCGCCCUUCGUUCUCAAAUAGCGUAAAAAUAUGGUAUAUCAAGGUUGUGGACACUAUGGAGGUCACAAUUUUAAUCCGAUUUUGUUGAAACUUGAAAUAUAAGUUUAUUACCCAAAGAUCUUGGUUCCUUUCGAUAUUCGCGCCUAUUGGACCUUAACUUCCUGAAUCAUGGCCCCUGAUUGUAUGAAAAAUCGCGUUUUUAGCUUGUGGACCCUAUAGAGGUCAUAAUUUUUAUCCGAUUUAAAAAACCGUAUUAUUAUAUCACCGUUACACCCUAAAGACGACUGAGUUCAAAUUUCGUGAAAAUCGGCCCAAAACUGACAGAUAAAAUGGCCGCCCUUCGUUCUCAAAUAGCGUAAAAAUAGGGUAUAUCAAAGUUGUGGACCCUAUAGAAGUCACAAUUUUUAUCCGAUUUUGUUGAAACUUGAAAUGUAAGUUUAUAACCCAAAGAUCUCGGUUCCUUUCGAUAUUUGCGCAUAUCGAAUUGUAAUUUCCUGAAUUAUGGCCCUUGAUUGUAGGAAAAAUCACUUUCUUCUUAGCUUGUUCUCUAUCCAUCUCUCGAAAAUGUGGGCGUAUCCUGCCUGGCAGCCGCUGGUUUAUAUAGAUUUUGAUCAUCCAGACUUUCUGAUAUUCUCUUAUAAUAAAGGACUGGAUGAUUUGUAUUGUUGAAUUGGCCAUGAAUCAAAUGCACAUAGUUAAAUGUAUAUUAUUUUGUACGCCCUAAUGCAUCGGCUUAAUUCAUCUUCUUGGAUGUAUUUGUAAUUAUUCUUGUGUACAACUAUGCAAUAAAGGUAUAUUUAUGUAGAA